UUGAUUUACCUUUAUUAGAGUUUACAUAAAAAGAUAUGUGACUUUGUCUCUGUUAAAAAUGUUAAAAUAGUAUUAACAGGCAUUUAAGUUAGAGAUGACAGUAUUAGAUGCAGCAAAAAGAGCCAAACUUGCAGAAUAUAGAAAACAGAAAGAUGCUUGUUUUUUGGAAGCUAUUUGGCAGUCAGUUUUAGUAUUAGGCGCAGCAUGUGGAGGUGUACAUCUUGGUCAAAAGCUACUAUCUUCUGUGUUACCGUAUGGACCAAUGAAACAUGUGAUGGUGACAGUGUUAGUCGGGGCUGGAGCAUCAACUUAUGUAUCAGCAAAGGAGUCUGCUAAAUGUAUACAUAAGUGGAAUAGACAUAUAGACAGAUUAUAUGAUAGAAACAAAAAGACCUAACCAGUAUUCACUAGUGGACACAAGACUGAUUUAUUGAUUGGUGGCCUAACACCACGUGAAUUUUAUGUGGCAGAUAAAAGUAGGGAAUUAACAGUUGUGAUAAACUUGUACAACAGAGAGAACUGUCUGAAAACUUGUUUUGAGAAUUGAAGAAUCAUCAUUGUU